CUGUCCUCAUCCUCUCUCAGCUCUGUUGGUGUUUCUGUGGGAAUGAGAGGAGCUUUUUACACACUCACAGUGCAACAAGCCACCAUUUCUCUGCUACUCCUGAGAAAUGCAGGAAAGGAAAUCAAAGCUCUCUCUUUCCUCUUUGCAUUCUUUGACUGAUUCUAUUGUUGCACUCUUAUAUAACACAGCAUGGAGAUGUUUGUCACACCAGAACUGAAGCUUAUUAGUCACACAUAUGCUCACACACUUGCAUGCAGAAGCCACUAGGGUUUUCUUACUCUUACACACUUGCACUCAGUCGCUCACAUGAAUCGUAGCCAGCUCUGCGAUGCCAUCUCUCUGUAGUGGCAAUGCAGUUCUGCAGAGACUAUUUCUGCAAGCCUUGUAGCGCAGCCGUCACCUCCCCUCAGGAGGACAUGGAAUACAGGAUGGGGAGCUGCAUCGGAGUCGCACGCAACCAGGCUGAAGUUCAGUGUGAGAAAGUCAGUCCGGAGACUGAGAAAUCCACCAGUGCAGAGAAUGGAGUAGUCCAUACGGAAGUGCUACAUCCACGUCACAGUCUCAGUCCUGUAGCAGAGGCAGACACAUGUGCUAAUGAGGACUGGAGCACAAAAGAAGAGGAACUUGAGUUUCCCCAUGACUUGCUGCCCAGCAUAGAUCUGAGUACUGAGCUCGAUCUCACCUGGGGAGCGUCAAUCAGCCAAGAUGGAAAGGCACUUUCCACAGAGAGCUCAUCUCUUCUGCAGCUCCAGUCAGCCGGAAUGAUUCAGGAAAAUGCACCAUCACACCAAUCCUCAGAAACGCUGUUGGACCGUGAGCUCCAAGAAGCCUUUCAGGAAUGUGAGGAACAAAUAGCCUCUUUUGGCUUGCCUUCACUCUCAAGCACUUCAUGCAAUACAGAGCAGACUGACAGUUAUCAGUCAGAGGCCGUGUCUGCAACUGAUAAUGAAGAACUCAAGAAUACAAAUAUCAAGGAGGAUCCUAUGUCACUGCCAAUUUCACUUGCAGAAUCUCAAACAGGAUGUGACCUGGGUUGCCAUGGAAAUGUUGGAGCGCAAACUACUGAUUUAGCAUCUUGUACAGAGGAGGCUGUGUUUUGCUUCAGAGACUAUGUAUUAGGGAAAACACAGCCCGAGCAGGCCAGGGAUGAAUAUCCCAAAGAACACAGUGAGAAAUUACACAGUGAACCACUGGAAGAAUUUCAGAAAGUGCCUGAAAUGGGAAAAAACACUGACACAACUACGUCUGCAGAGAGAAAAGAGCACUUGAUAAAGCAUGACUCAGCAAUAGAGGCACUUACAGAAACUGAAGUAAAUAAAAUAUCUGAAAUGCAGGAAGUACCAGAAGAUGCCAGCUUAAUAUCUUCCAAAGACUCUCUAAAUGAGCAUGGUAAAAUUAUAAUGGGUCUUGUGGAAAAGCCACAGAUGACACCUGCAACAGGCACACAAAUUAUUACCACGACAGUCAUGGAUAAUAAAUCACUGAAAGGAUUUUCAGCAGAAAAUAACACUAAUUACUGUUCUGUGUCAGAGAACUCUGAUCGGGAUGGAAUUCAAAUACAAACAUUGCUGGAGUCUGAGAAGCAGACACAGAUUAUUACUCAAACAACGGCUCCGUCAGAAACAAACCCUGAUCUUAUGAUAAAAGCGGAUAAUCAAAUAGAGCUGUUAGACACCCUUGGACAGCUGGGGGAUCUCUGUUCCUCACCUCCAGAGUCUUUAUCUAAUCAGGCUCGUCUUACCCCACUGGAGGUUACACCUGCCCCUACACUGGACCAUCUGCAGGGAACUGAACAACAGAGUGACUGUAUCGGGGCAGAUGGACCCUGUAAGUCAAUAUCGGAACAUGUAACCUUAAACCUCAACUCAACAGGAGAUGUUGAGCAUGAGAAAUGUGAAUUUAAGGUAUCUUCUGAUAGGAUUGUGAUUGAUUUUAGAGAUGUUAAAGCCAGUGAACAUGAGCAUGAAAAGAGAUGCAGUUCAGAGGCAUUACUAAAAGGAUAA